AUAAACAAUGGUGAUUUAUUGUGUCGCAUUUGAAUGCAAGAACCAGCAAGACAAAAGGAAAUUGUCAUUCCAUGGUUUUCCAUUCAAAAGACCAGACAUUCUUGAAUUAUGGAUUAAGGCAGUUCAUAGAGAGAAUUGGACUCCAUCUAAGACCAGCAAGCUUUGUGCAGAGCAUUUUCUGCCAACUCAUUAUUUAGACAUACCAGGUGCUGCUAGGUUAUUGAAACCAGAUGCUGUAUCCAGUAUAUUUUCAUUUCCUAAGCAUUUGUUACCAAAAAUGCUGAUCCUCGCAGGAAAAUAAGAAAACUCGUAGGUACCUAG